GCUGGACGGAAUGUUUAAGUGUUCUGAGUGGAGUUUUGAUUUCCUGCUGUCAGGUUAGAUUAGCCACUCCUCCGAUACGGAUGCUGGGUAAAAAUGAAAGCUAACAGCUAGUGGUUAGUUUGAAUCCAUUCUGUUAAAUAUGGCUGGGGACUUUCGGGGUUUAGCGCUGGAAAAAGCUGAGCUUCUCUCCAGUCGUUUAAGGGAGCUGGUGUCGUCCGGACAAGGAUUCGUUCGGGCCCAGUUCGGAGUGGAUUUGGGUCUGAAACCAGAGCUUUACCCGAGCUGGCUCAUCCUGUCCACAGCUGCUGUGGGUCUGUUGCUGCUGCUGGGGGCUUCCUGGGCCGCCGUCUGCUGCGGCGGAGGAGGAGGGCUGCUGGUCAGCAAGAAGCGAGCCUACCAUGUCAGCCAAGGCGGCGAGGAGACGAAGACAACCAGCCUGAACAAUAAAAGUGUCAAACCGGAGGAGCAGAAGAAGAGGAACAAAAAGAAAACCGGUGACAAGAAGACUCAACCCAAUGGACAGCCAUUGGUUGCUGCUCAACAGGAAGUUAAAGAGACUGAGACCUUGUCCAAACCAGCCCCACCAUUAAAAGCUGAGAAGGUGCAUGAGGUGCAGGCUCCGGCGCAGUUGAAAAAAAACAGGAAGAAGCCCAAGAGUGAUGCAAAACCAGUUCAGCUUUUGUCCACAAGUGAUGGGAAAGAACCUGAUGAUGGUGUAUGGGAGACUAAAGUCAGCAAUCGAGAGAAGAGGCAACAGCGAAGGAAGGACAAAGGUUCAGAGGGUUCUGGGAGUCCAGGAAGUGUUGAAGCUUCCAAGCCUCAUGUGGAAACCCCCACAGCCCCAAUAACCAACAAGAAGAAAAGCGGAAACAAUGAGAACCAGCAUUCAAGACCAAGCGCAAAGGGAGACCCAUCCAGUGGUAAAGGCAAAGCUGAGACAUUUAGCUCGUCUUCCACAUGGAAAGGGGAGCCCACCGUCAAUGGUGGAGCCUGGGCCGACGGCUCAUUGAAGGUCACUGGUCAGAGUGGAUCUGCUGAAGAAGCGAAGUGGAGCUCCAUGUCUGCAUCGGUACGAUACCGGCCCCAGACCGACCCCAAGCCCUGGGCUCAGGAGCCUCCAGCUUGGAGCAGCACGGAUGGCAAAAUGAAGACGAUGCCCUUUUCUGUGCUGCAGCUGAACUCCACAGAUCCAGCCUCAAAUUCAGCUAAGAUGCACUGGGUAAACCAAAGCAGUGUUGAUGAUCAGUGGUCAGGAUUCAAGGGUGCAGCUGUAGACUCUGCCUCUGACUGGAAUGCCCCAGCAGAGCACUGGGGAAACUAUGAAGAGCCUCCUAUACUGGUGGCAGCAGAAACAUUGCAGAAGGAUCAACCCAAGAAGAUAUCUGAAGAUGAAAAGGACAUUGAUAAUCCCUCAGAGGGGGCAGCUAAAGCUAAGAAGAAGAGGAACAAGAAGAAGAAAACAGAAGAAGAGCCUGUGCCUGAUGCUCAGACUCCAAGUGCAAUGACCAAAGCCCCAGAGCGUCCUGCACUGCCUCUGAAUUCGCAGAACACCAGCAUAUCAUCCUCUCAGAAGAAGUCUGAGCAGACCAUCGAACCUCAGGAACCCUCCCAGAAGAAAAGGGUCAGAAAAGAAACCUGAAGGAACAACACAAGUCUGGACCAACCUUAUGCAAAUGAUUAAAUGUUUCACAUGCAAUAA